AUGGAAACCUAUAAAAAAUAUCUCUUUGAUGAAAAGUUUUAGGAACCAUAAAUCUGUAAUGCUUACUCUUUCUAGGUUUAAGAAAGUCAAGAAGAAUAGCUUGUUGAAACUAAAUUUGAUGAUGAAUAUAAAAAAGAUUUUCUUCAAAAUCAAAUUAAUAACAUCAGAGAGAAAUUAAUCAUGAUGGGAUUUCCAAGUUUAGGUGAUUUAUAUAGUAAUUCUAAUUCUGAAGUUGAUCUAACUGUCAAAGUGUAAUAUAAUAUUAAUCGUAAAAUAGAUUGAUUGCAUUUAUUAAAUAAAGAAGAGAAGACAUGGACUUCAAAAAUACUUAUCAUGAAAAAAUUAAUAAAAUAGAAGCUGAAAAAUUACAAUUAACUUUAAAUUUUGAAAAAAUAUCAAAUAGUCGAAAAGUAAUUGAAUAAGAAAAUGCUACUUUAUUAGCUAAAAUUAAGAGUACUGAAAAAACACAGAAAGAAUAAAUGUAUUAAAAUUAAAUCUAUAUUAGUAAUAAAUUAAUGUUAGAGAGAGAAGAUCUGUAAAAAUAAUUAUACAAAUUAUAAAGUAGAUCAACUUAAUUUGAACAUGAAUUGAAGUAAAGAGAUUUAGAAAUUUAAAAAUUAAAAGAAUAUUUUAAAAAACAACAAACUUCAAAAUCUUAUAAAAAUUGUUUAGAAGUUACCUAAACAAUUGAAUAAGGAGGACCAAGUGUUUUUGCAGCUAAUGGAGAAUAUGAAUUUAGUCAGUUAGUUAUGAAAAAAUGGGAAGAAGUUAAUAAUAAACUUCUCAGAGAAAAUGAGUAACUCAGAGAAAAUUUAGUUAAGAUUCAUUAUGAAUUAGGAGAAAUACUUUAAAUUAGAAGAGAUGUGUUUAUUAAAAGAAGAAAAUUAGAUUUUGGAAAUGAUAAUAUUCCAUAAGAAUUGGAAAAUCCUUAAUAAAAUAUGCAUUAAUUCAAAAGUGAUUUAUACAAAGCUCCUUUAGAAACUAAUGGCAAAUAAGCUAUUUAAAUGUUACAAGAGAAUCUUUAAACAUUUAAAGAUAUAAUGAAAAAAUUUGAUUAAUAAUAUGAACUUUAAUUAAAUGAAGAUGAAAUUGAAAUUGAAGCUGAAGGUGGCAAAAUUAAAGCUUGUAAGAACUUGACAGAGUUAUUUAAAAAUUAUAACUAUAUUUUUGAAGCUUAAGAUAAAAUGAUUAACUAAAUUAUAAAUAAGAGUUAAAACUUAAAAAAAAUUGAUGAAUUAAACUUUAAUUUAAAUAGAUUCAAUAGAGUUAUAGAUGACAAAUAGAUUGAUGAUGUCAAAAAAUACUUAUAAGAUUAAAAGAAAUAUCUUGAUGAAUCAAAAAGCGAGAUGGAUAUGAUUAAAAAAUAAUUUUAAAAUUAAUUAAAAAAAAGAGAAGAGGAAAAAUAAAUCAUACAAGUAUUUCAUCAUUAUAAAACUAUUAGAUGAAAAGACAAAUGCUUGAAGAAACCAAUGAUAAAUUUAAAGAAAACAUCAGAAUUUUAGAAAAUGCUAGUAGACAAGCAUUACAAUAACUUAAUUAAGAUAAUAAUUGA